AUGAAAGAAUCUUUGCUAGAUUGUAAUGAAAUAGAAUUAAAAGAUGCCCCAAAUCAAGCAUUUAAAACAUUACUCAAGUAUAUCUAUACUGGGAAAAUGAGCUUAACUUCUCAAAAACGUGGAAAGAAAUAUUCAUUAGUGUAUGGUAAUUGUAUAGAAAUUGCUGAUAUAGAUAGUCUUUCUACUAAAAUAAUAUUAACCACCAAAAAUAAAAUUGCACUUACCCUCAACAACGAUAUCAUUAAUAUAAUUUCAGGCCCUAUCAAACAUUAUUAUAGUGCAGAUUCCAUUGAAAGCGAUAAUAAGGAUGAUAUAAUGAAUUUUCCAAUAGAAUUUUUGCAUUCACAAACUCCAUCCGGUGUGCCACCUCACAAGCUAACACUUAAAAUUGGUACAAUUGUUAUGCUAUUACGUAACUUGAGCCCAAAGAAAGGACUUUGUAAUGGUACCCGUUUAAUCAUACGACAUUUACAUAUUAAUUUUAUUGACGCUGAGGUAUUGGCAGGCACUAAUAAGGGUUAUCGAGUUUUUCUCCCAAGAAUAGAUCUAGCUCCAAGUGACUCUCAGUUACCAUUUACUUUAAAAAGACAACAGUUUCCUAUAAUUCCCGCUUUUGUGAUUACAAUAAAUAAAAGUCAAGGACAAACUUUUGAUCAUGUAGGCUUAUUCCUCCCUGAGUCCGUCUUUGCCCAUGGACAACUAUAUGUGGCUCUUACUAGAUGUAAAUCUCAAAAUAAUAUGAAAAUUAUGAUUUUGCCAUCAGAAUUACAAGGAAAAAUUUUAAAAAAUGAUAAAACAUUCACACAAAAUAUCAUAUAUAAUGAAAUCUUAAAUUCAUAA